AUGGGAUGGGGGGGAUCCUGUGGAGGUCUGCAUUCAGGAGUUGAUGUGGAGGCAUCCCGGAUACCCCUUCCCACCCCACUUCCAUGCCAGGUGGAAUGGGCCCAGAGCCCUCAGUAUUCUUGGCAGUCUGACAUUACUGUGGGCCAGAGGGAUGAGGUCACUGUCGCCAAUGAAGUCACCACUCUGCAGCGACGCGGCCUCGCCUUGGAGCCCCCUCCACCUUGCGUCCCACCUGCAAAGCCGCGGCACACUUUAGAACCAGACCUGGGCGUAGCGCGACCCCAAGCUUUACUAGACAGAGGGGCAGGGGUCGCCUGCCCAGUCUUUGAGCAGGAGGGUGCAUCACUCAUCAGAUUUCACAACAAAUACCUGGGAGGGAAUUUGCGGACCGAAGGAGGCAUCGGAAAAAGUCGCCUCCACGGACAGCACAGGUACCAGGGCCGGGCCCAGAGCCGGCGGGGUCUCCCCUUUCUGGCUGCUUCUGUCCCCACCCCCACUUCUGUCUUUGCAGUCAGCGUCACUGUGGGGGGCAAGCAGUACCUCCUGGGACUCUAUGACACAGCCGGACAGGAAGACUAUGAUCGUCUGAGGCCUUUAUCCUAUCCAAUGACUGAUGUCUUCCUCAUAUGCUUCUCCGUGGUCAAUCCAGCCUCAUUUCAAAAUGUGAAAGAAGAGUGGGUACCGGAACUUAAGGAAUAUGCACCAAAUGUACCCUUUUUAUUAAUAGGAACUCAGAUUGAUCUCCGAGAUGACCCCAAAACUUUAGCAAGACUGAAUGAUAUGAAAGAAAAACCUAUAUGUGUGGAACAAGGACAGAAACUAGCAAAAGAGAUAGGAGCAUGCUGCUAUGUGGAAUGUUCAGCUUUAACCCAGAAGGGAUUGAAGACUGUUUUUGAUGAGGCUAUCAUAGCCAUUUUAACUCCAAAGAAACAUACAGUUAAAAAAAGAAUAGGAUCAAGAUGUAUAAACUGUUGUUUGAUUACGUGAAAAACAACUUCAGUGGCCAUGAAAACUGUCAAUUUCUCUCAGAAAGCAUAUGAAAUGCUACAGUGAUACCCAGACCUCUUGUAAGGAAGCAGUUUCAAACUUGAAAGAAAACAAAAAACCGUCCUCAGAAUUCAUUAGGAAUGUUCCUUAGAGGUCUAAGAAGCAGCAAACAGAACUGAAGCCACAAUCUAUUAUAAAUACUUUAUUUCAACUAGAAGGUACAAUCUCUCAGGGUUUUCAUAGUUUAAAAAGUUACAAUCACAUCAUGUUGAAACUGCAUUAAAAAAACAAAACAGUGCUGUAAAUGGAACUGCUUGGCUUUAACCAUAUACAUUUCUGCACAGCCUUUAACGGAAUCCGCACAAAGAAAUAUCUCCUCCCUUUGCUCCAGUUAAUUGUUCUUGUAAGUAAGUUGCUUUCUAUUCCAGUAUAUCCAGAGUGGUGAAAUAACAAGGCCAGCCACGUAGCCAAAGGUUGCUCCAACCGUACAGGAGAUGGGCCAUACCUGAAGAGAGAUUGUAUGAGAUCAAAAGUGAACAAACGUUUAUUAUUACCUGAGCACAAGUUAAAUGUAACCUAAAUAUUUCUAUAUUAAAGCUUAAUAAUGCUUUCUUAAUGCCAAAAGUGUAAUAAGGUCAUAACUGCAUUUAUCAUCAACACUAAAAAUGUACACAUUUUAGUUAAUGUGCAUUAAACUGUAACAAGGCUUCUGACAAUUGUAGAUUUAGUUUGAUGCUCCCCAAAUUGCAUGAUAUACAUGCUAAAUUGCAAAUUAAAAUUUUGGGUCAUACUUUGCCAUAAUCACGGAAUCAACUUAGCCCUCUGAACUAGCUGGUAAUUUUUUAAAAAAUCCACACAUUGGCUGUAUACAUCAGAUGAGAUGAGAAGUGUGUAUGCUGACAAAACACAAGAGAACUAUGACUUAAAGAGGCAAGACCUAGAAUCUAAGCAUGUUAACAUGGAUUUAAAACAAAGCAGCUGCUUCUGUGUGUGAUAAAACUCGUCAUUUUUCAGAUACAGAUAUUGCAACUAUUGCAGAAGUUACAGAACCACAAUUUACACACUCAGAAUUUAAGUUAAACAAUACUGCUGGCUUCCAAAUACUUAUUCUUGCCAGUUGUAUUACAUUUCACAAUAUUCCAUUAAGCCAAAAGUAAAUAAUGUUGAUUUAAUUAAUCCUGGGGCAGUAUGUAUUUGUCCCAAGGUGAAAGACUGCUUUAAAAAAAACAUUGGAAACAGACUUUUCAUCUGUAAAGCUUUCAUGGUAUUGGAGCUAUUUCUAAUCAUCUGAGGGAACAGGCCUUAGAACUGUGUUAGAGGUAAACAUUCUUAAUAACUGGUCUUGUUACCUAAUUUACCUUCUUUGUGUGGUCUGCUAUGGGAUCUGCCAUGUUCCAGAUGCUACGCAACAGAUAGCAGUGUUAGACAAAGUGUGAACCACCUAAUGCAGUUUAGAGAUGCAUAAUUUCCCCUAGCCUUCUUUACAUUUAACUCGCUAUUGCCUAAAUUAUGAUUUGUUUUUGGUAGGCUUGUUAAUUUUUAUGAUUUGUACUUACAGCUAUGUGUAUUGCACAGAUUGGGUAAUGGAACACUAAACUUUAUACUUGAAAAUGACAGCCUUAAAUGCUUAUAUCAGUCACAAAUCUAGGAUGUACUGUCUUUGUAUGUGAGCUUUGUAGAGAUUUUUAAAAAUACAAGCAUCAUCUUCCCCAUUGAAGAGUGGAGAAUCUACUAGAUAACUAGUCAGAAACUUUCAGAACUGGACAUUGGAUAUUUCCUUCUCGCAAGAAAUGGUGGUUCACAUUAUCAUGGCCUUAUGUAUGCUAAAGUGGAAUCUUAUGUAACUUUCUCAUUUAAUUAUGGUCUAUUUUUAGGUACAAUUGAAGGAAUUGUAUUAACAUUAUCUGAGUUGUCCAACACAUGGCAUAAAGGAAUUAAGACAGUAAAGUAUUAUACAUUUCCUAGUUGCCUUUGGGAAUUUGAUGGGAAUUUUUUCUUUUUUCUUUACAUCUUUGAAACCCUUCACACUUGGUUUACUAGGCAAUGAAAAUUAAAAUCUAGAAUUUGUUCUGCCCUAAGAAAUGGAUUAGGAAUCUGGAAACAAACUGGAGUCACCUGCUUCUUGACUGGGCCUGUUUCCUCACCUUAAUAUACAGAAGGUAGAAGAGACGAGCUCCAGUUUCUCUCCCAUUUAUCAUUUCCUAGUGUCUUUUCUUGUUCAUAGUAAUCAUUGUUGGACACCACCUUCUCCAGAUGGUAAGAAUCAUGUACACAGACCUUCAGAACUCUAAGCGAAGAUGAUUGUAUCAUCUGAACCUGAGGUGCCUUAGGUGCUCUACUGACCUUGAUGGGGUUUGGAGUUUCCCAUUGCUUAUUCAGAGCUUUUUAAUUGCUUUAGUUAUUUAGUGCUUCUUUUUGCAAAAUCCUUCCUACCACUUAAACUAAAAACCAAAGAUUUGUUUUCUAUUCAUAAGCAGAUUGUAGAAAAACUGCCUUAUUUUCAGAAACAUGUUUUUUCAUUAAAGGCUUAGGUUUAAUAGAAAUUCAGAUGAAUCUCUGGAAUGACUCUUUCAAACUAGUGAACUAUUUGGGAAAUAAAAUACACUUCAAAAAUACUUUAUUGCCAUGAAUUUUGCUAGUGAAUGCAAAUACAUUGCUUCUAACAAGGUUAUGUAUGAAAUAACUUAGAUUUGUAGUUCGUCUGUUUUUUAAUAUAGUAAAUUCUAAAGUUCUUAAAAAUAAUUUUAGGGAUUCCCUGAACUCUUACUUAAUACUUUGCUAAUUUAAGCACUUAUUUUAUCUCUAUAGGUACAUUUUAAGUAAGUUACCCACGCUGAAAAAUAUUUCCAGUACCUAGAGCUUGAAUUAAUGGUAUCUGUCAUGAAUUAUCUUAGUUAGAGACUACUUCCGUUUGAUUUUUAAUUAUUUUAAAUACCAAAUUAAAUACUGGUUUGUUGGUU